UGACCUGCCUCGGUCAUGUGGCAAGUAAGUGUCUACAUUGGGCCUGGAGCUCUGGCUGUCCUGGGAUGGAGUGGUGGAGUGCUUGGGGAGAAGCCAGGGUUGAGCCCUGAGCCAGGGCUUUGGCACAAGGGCUUCCAGACCAUGGUCAGGAGCCAGGAUCCUGCCUGGAAGGCAGUGGGCCCAGUGUCUCCAAAUGACCUGUUGACAGACUGGAGCAGACGGCGCCGCUCAAACCAAGACGGUGUGAAGUGCUCGGCAGGGGUCAUUCUGCGGCCCAUUUCCCUCACACCCAGGGUGGAAUGCAGUGGGAUGGCGAAGGCCUGGCUAGUCAAGCUUUCUUGUGUUGGAGUGGGAGCCGAGCCGAGCCACCCACUCUUGUCCCUAAGCUCCAGAAGUAGCUUCCUACGCCUCCCAGAGACAGAUGCUCUGGCACAGGUGGCCUUCCUCCAGGGAGAGAGGAAAGGGCAGGAGAAUCUCAAGACGGACCUGGUGCGGCGGAUCAAGAUGCUAGAGUACGCGCUGAAGCAGGAAAGGGCCAAAUAUCAUAAACUGAAGUUUGGGACAGACCUGAACCAGGGGGAGAAGAAAGCAGAUGUGUCAGAACAAGUCUCCAAUGGCCCCGUGGAAUCGGUCACCCUGGAGAACAGCCCACUGGUGUGGAAGGAGGGGCGGCAGCUUCUCCGACAGUACCUGGAAGAGGUGGGCUACACAGACACCAUCCUCGACAUGCGAUCUAAGCGUGUCCGUUCCCUGCUGGGUCGCUCACUGGAGCUCAACGGGGCAGUGGAGCCAGGUGAAGGGACCCCCAGGGCUCCACCAGGCCCUCCGGGGCUCAGCAGUGGGGAGUCGCUGCUGGUGAAACAGAUCGAGGAGCAGAUAAAGAGGAACGCGGCAGGCAGAGAUGGCAAAGAGCGCUUGGGCAGCUCGGUGCUGGGGCAGAUCCCCUUCCUGCAGAACUGCGAGGACGAAGACAGCGACGAGGAUGAUGAGCUGGACAGCGUGCAGCACAAGAAGCAGCGUGUGAAGCUCCCAUCCAAGGCCCUGGUGCCCGAAAUGGAAGACGAGGACGAGGAGGACGACUCUGAGGAUGCCAUCAACGAGUUUGACUUCCUGGGCUCAGGAGAGGACGGGGAAGGGGCUCCAGACCCUCGGCGGUGCCCCAUGGAUGGGAGCCCCCACGAGCUGGAAAGCCGUCGGGUCAAACUCCAAGGCAUCCUGGCUGACCUGCGGGAUGUGGAUGGGCUGCCGCCAAAAGUGACCGGCCCACCUCCUGGCACACCCCAGCCCCGGCCACACGAAGGUUCCUUUGGCUUCUCCUCAGACGUCUUCAUCAUGGACACUAUCGGGGGCGGGGAGGUGAGCCUGGGGGACUUGGCAGAUCUCACCGUCACCAACGACAACGACCUCAGUUGCGAUCUGUCUGACAGCAAAGAUGCUUUUAAGAAGACGUGGAACCCCAAGUUCACCCUGCGCUCACACUAUGACGGCAUCCGCUCUCUGGCCUUCCACCACAGCCAGUCGGCUCUGCUCACUGCCUCCGAGGAUGGCACGCUCAAGCUCUGGAACCUGCAGAAGGCGGUCACGGCCAAGAAGAAUGCGGCGCUAGAUGUGGAACCUAUCCAUGCCUUCCGGGCUCACAGGGGACCAGUGUUGGCCGUGGCCAUGGGCAGCAACAGCGAAUACUGCUAUAGUGGAGGGGCGGAUGCCUGCAUCCACAGCUGGAAGAUUCCAGACCUCAGCAUGGAUCCCUACGAUGGCUACGACCCAAGCGUGCUGAGCCACGUCCUGGAGGGCCACGGCGAUGCCGUGUGGGGCCUGGCCUUCAGUUCUGCCUCCCAGCGCCUGGCCUCCUGCUCCGCCGAUGGCACCGUCCGCAUCUGGGACCCCAGCAGCAGCAGCCCGACCUGCCUCUGCACCUUCCCCACAACCAGCGAACACGGGGUCCCCACCUCAGUGGCCUUUACCAGCACCGAGCCUGCCCACAUCGUGGCCUCCUUCCGCUCUGGCGACACCGUCUUGUAUGACCUGGAGGCUGGCAGUGCUCUCCUCACACUGGAGUCCCGGGGCAGCAGCGGUCCAACCCAGAUCAACCAAGUGGCGAGUCACCCAAACCAGCCUCUCACUAUCACCGCCCACGACGACAGGGGCAUCCGCUUCCUGGACAAUCGGACAGGUAAACCGGUGCACUCCAUGGUUGCACACCUGGACGCAGUCACCUGCCUAGCCGUGGACCCCAAUGGCGUAUUCCUGAUGUCAGGAAGCCAUGACUGCUCCCUGCGUCUCUGGAGCCUGGACAACAAAACGUGCGUGCAGGAGAUCACAGCCCACCGCAAGAAGCACGAAGAGGCCAUCCAUGCUGUCGCCUGCCACCCCAGCAAGGCCCUCAUCGCCAGUGCUGGCGCCGAUGCCUUGGCCAAGGUCUUCGUAUGAUGCCCACCUGGCCCUGCCCUGGCCGACACGCUGGCUGGGGAGUGGGGCCGGGCAGGUGGGGCUGAGGGUCUCCCAGCCUCACUGGAGGUGCAGAGGCCUGGCCUCUGCCUGUCUGCCAUGGAGCCUGGUGGUGCUAACGGCCCUUUCCCCAGGAAUCCCUCCCCCACGGCUGCCUUCCCCAAGCAUCCAGCCUGGGGAUGGGCCCGUUUCAGGAAUCACCCCCGAGGAUGGCCUCGGGGCUUCCCCCUGUGCCCUGACAGCUGUUCCUGGUAGCAGAGCUGCCUUGGGGAGGGCAGCACAGCCAGGGCCAGGUGUCUUUAGGGAUCAGUUUCUCCAAGACACCAGAAGGUGCCAGGUUCUCCCCUUGAGCUCCUGCUCCCCUAACCCCAUCCUCCCAGAGCUGUGCAGGAGCUGUGCUGGGAGAAUGGGUGGCAGCUGGGAGCCUUGGGCUGGCUGCGCCUUCCCUCCGGCCCUCUUCACUGCUUUCCAGACACUAACCAAGGCCCAGGGAUUGCCCAAGACUCCUAGGGCAGACCUCCCAGUACUCCACGGGGGUCGCCCAUGGGCAGAGACAGCCUUGUGCCCCUCCCUGGGGUGUGGAGGGUGGAGUGGGCCCCUGGGCCCACCUGAACUCCCUGUAUAUCUGUAUAAAUAACAGGAUUUUCAUGCCACCCCACCUGCGUUGUCACUGUGUGAUGGUCUCAGUCAGUCUGUCCCUGCCUCCACUCUUUCCUCUAUUUAUUUCACUUUCUUGUUUCCUGCACCCUCGGUCCCCUUCCAGGUUCCUGUUUAUAAGCCCCAUCCUCUCUGCCCCCAUCUUGUAUGUGAAAACUUGUCUCAAUAAACCCUUUGGAGUAA